CCAUUCCUGACAGAGAGGGAGAGGCAGUGAGACAGGCAAGCAGCACUCUCUGGCAAGCCUGCUCUGACUGCGUACAGUGGAUAGGGUGUCUCCACCUCCAGGCUUAACCACAAUCUACUGGAGACUACAGUACACACUCAUACCAGAGCUCUACCUUUUUAAACCUCUGUACUGUGGAUAAGGAGAUCAGAUGGUCAUGGUAAAGGAGCAAGUGGCACAUGCACAGGACACACACCACCCGGCAGAGAAGCCGGUGAUCGAUUGUCAUAAAUGUGGGGAGCCAUGCAAAGGGGAGGUGCUGCGAGUCCAGUCGAAGCACUUCCAUAUCAAAUGCUUCACCUGCAAAGUCUGUGGCUGUGACCUUGCUCAGGGCGGGUUCUUUAUGAAGAAUGGAGACUAUCUGUGCACUCUGGACUACCAGCAUUUGCAUGGGACCCGCUGUAACGGCUGUGGGGAUUUCGUAGAGGGAGAGGUGGUCACUGCUCUGGGGAAGACGUACCAUCCAACCUGCUUCGUUUGCACCAUCUGCAAACGGCCAUUUCCAGCAGGAGAUCGAGUUACCUUUAACGGGAAAGACUGUCUUUGUCAGCGCUGCGUACAGCCGAUGUCUCCCAGUCCCAAAGAUAUCAGCAGCUCCAGCAAUUGUGCAGGCUGCGGUAGAGAUAUCAAGAAUGGCCAGGCUCUGCUGGCUCUCGAACGGCAGUGGCAUCUGGGCUGCUUCAAAUGCAAGGCAUGCGGGAAGGUCCUGACUGGAGAGUAUAUCAGCAAGGAUGACGCUCCCUACUGUGAAAAGGAUUUUCAGAUUCACUUUGGAGUGAAGUGUGAGGCCUGCCAUCAGUUCAUCACUGGGAAAGUCCUCGAGGCAGGAGACAAACACUAUCACCCCAGCUGUGCACGAUGCAGCAGGUGCAAUCAAAUGUUUACAGAAGGAGAAGAAAUGUACCUGCAAGGUUCAACUGUUUGGCAUCCAGAUUGUAAGAAUUCAAGCAGAGCUGAAGAAAAGCAAAGGCCCACAAGAUCAUCCUCCGAAAGUAUUUCUUCCAGACCUGGUUCAAGUAUACCUGGCUCACCGGGCCACACCAUCUAUGCAAAAGUAGACAAUGAGAUCCUUGAUUAUAAGGACUUAGCUGCAAUCCCCAAAGUCAAGGCAAUUUAUGACAUUGAGCGCCCAGAUUUGAUUACCUAUGAACCCUUUUACUCCAUCACCGAGGAGAGCCAGGAAAGGCAGAGUUUGGGAGAGUCUCCAAGGACGCUGUCUCCUUCACCAUCCGCAGAAGGUUACCAUGACAUGCGGGAGCGCAUGAUCCACAGAUCCACGAGUCAAGGAUCAAUCAGCUCUCCGAUCUACAGCCGUCACAACUACACACCCACUUUGCCCCGCUCCCCCCAGCACUUUCACAGACCUGGCAAUGAGCUGUCCAGCGGUCGGAAUUCCCCUCUCCCCUUACGGCCUGACAGCCGCCCUCUCACUCCGACUUACGCACCGAACCUUAAACAUUUCCAUCUCCCAGACCAAGGCAUCAACAUCUACAGAAAACCACCCAUCUACAAGCAACAUGAUGCAGCUGUCCAGAUCAAGUCUGCAGAGGAUAUCAUCAAGUCUGCCAAGUUCCCAGCAGCCUCGGCUCCCUCCCCUGAGGACACAGCAAAGAUUGAGACAGACCACUGGCCUUGCCCACCCUCACUCGCUGCCAUAGGACAUGACACGCGGCGGCGCUCGAGAGAGGAGGAGGAGGAAGAAAUGCAGAAGCGCAGGCAGAUUCAAGAAGAACAUCUCAGCAAGAUGCAGUCCGGAUUAGGGAAAUUGAUAUUAAAAGAAGAGAUGGAGAAGGAGAUGACUCAAGAACGAUACUCCCGAAGCAUCUCUGCUCAGCGCUACGACUCUCCGCAGACUGACUCGUACCAAAAGGCCUCCAUGACCUCCUCUCUCCCUGGCUAUGGACGGAACGGCCUGCACAGGCCACAGUCUACAGAUUUUUCUCAGUACAACAGCUACGGGGAUGUCUGUGGAGGUCUCAAAGAGUUCCAGCCCAUUCAAGAUGGACACGCACCUGUUUCAAGAAUGGACAGGGGAGUCUCUAUGCCUAAUAUGUUGGAACCAAAAGCAUAUCCAUAUGAAAUGCUCAUGGUAACCAACAGAGGGCGUGUUAAACUGCCGAGAGAUGUGGACAGAACAAGACUAGAGCGUCAUUUGGCUGCAGACGUUUUCUUUGAUAUCUUCGGGAUGGAAAUCCAGGAAUUCGAUAGGUUACCUCUCUGGAAACGCAAUGCCAUGAAGAAAAAGGCAAAACUCUUCUGAAAGCAAACAGCGCAUGUUUUAUUUAUAAACACAAUGAAUAUAUCACUAGAAUACUGUAAUAUACAUGUAGAGGGUUUUUUUGUGAACAACUUCAAGGAAACAAAACAAAAUGAACCCAUUCGAUGAAGAAGAAGGACGCCCUGCUUUAAGAGAGUAAUCUGUAGGUUAUGAGGGGUAAAGAAGAUCAUUUAUUCCAAAAAUAUUGACACAUGAAUUUUAUCUAUGUGUGUGUGUGUGUUUUUUUGGGGGGGUUUUUGCAAUGGCUUUGAAUGGAAAUUGCUUCCUUUUUAUUCUCAUUUCACUGGCUGUCCUAAUAAUAAAAGUGCACUUUAUUGGUAGAACCUCAAGACACUGAAUGCUAAGCCAAUUACUGCCACAAUUCAAACACUCUAUGGCUUUGACAUAACAGUUCAGGAAGUUUCAAAAGCAGAACAUAGGGAGAUCUGUAAACCAUAAAUAGAGGAACAGAUAAAACAGUUCCCAGUGUGAAGCAUAAAAUGAAACUUGCUUUGUUAUAACCGCCCACCUGCUUGUAUUUUGCUGUUCUGUGGCUGCUGAAUUUUACCCAGUGAGCACGACCGAAAUCCCUAGUCUGGCCACUAGGUGUCAGCGUUUUUCAGUAAAUUGUUAGCUGCUGAAGCAAAGCUGUGCAAUAGGCUUGUUUCAUACUGGGCAGCAUGAAUGUUUAUUUUAAAUUAUUUUAAUUAAUGUGGUACUUCCAGUCUCUGCCUGAUCCCAAUAAAACAAACAUGCCAAAUGUCACUUACAAAGACUAAACAUUCAGGAACGUAUGUAGCCCUCCUGUAUGUCGUCUAUAUAUACUUAAAUGGAAAGAUUCCACGCAUUCUAAAUAGGGUUGAGCUAGAGGGAUAUUAUCCCUGAUAUAUGCCCUUAGAAUCUUUGGAGCCGCAUCACAAAAACAAAUCAAACCAAAUCACUCCAUCAGCUAUUAACAAACUGUUGUUUAAAGUAAAUUUCAGCCUUUUUCAUAAGAUGUCAAUUGAGGAAUGGCUAAAUCAAAACAUCCCGGUAAGUAGUACUGAGAGAAGUACUGUCGGACAAACUGAAAAACCUACUAUCAGUACUACUAGUAGUGCUAGACAUAGGAGCGUUACCCAACAGCGACUUGAUUUAAUUGAAAUAGAAAGAACUGAAAAAAAAUACCAGGAAACAAACAGCUUGUUUUUCGAGACUGGUUAAAGGAAAAGAAUACAAACACAAAUUUUGAGGAAAACACUUGCCAGAGUUUAAAUGAAUAUCUCAGAGCAUCUUAUGCAACCGUCAAAAAUAAAGAGGGACAACAGUCCGGUAUAUUGAGUUAUAUUUCUUUGAGAGCUGAAAUAUUCAAAUCAAUUACCAAGGAAAAGACAAAUUAUUAUUAUUAUUAUUAUUAUUAUUAUUAUUAUUAUUAUUAUUAUUAUUAUUAUUAUUAUUAUUAUUAUUAUUAUUAUAUAAUAUAAUAUUAUUAUUCGCAAUAAUAAUAAUAAUAAUAAUAAUAAUACAUUUUUUUCACAAUCUUUUGUUCUCUGUUUAUUCAAAUAAAAGUAUAUCGUUUUAAAAACGCUUUUUUUGUACACGCAUUUUAUAGAGAAGAUCGUUGUUAUGGAGGACUAUUUAUAGAACGUUCAUUUUAGAGUGCUUAUGUGGAAGGAUAUGUAAAAGAAAAAGGAAAACCUAAAUAAAUUCAGUUAAAAUCAAUAAAUAUUAUAGAUAAUUGUGCUUUAACAUUGAAGUAUAUAAGCAAUAAGACCCUCCACAUUACCAGGCAUUAUAUGACUGUUUGGCUGCAAUAGCGUCUCAACUUCGUCUCGGGCCCCAUUACCGAAACGGUUGUAUAAUGCCUGGUAAUGCCCCCUGUGUCGGGUCUUAUUGCUUUCAAUAUAUAUCAGUAUAUAUAUAUAUAUUGAAAUACACGUUUAAAUGAUGUAUAUGUAUGUAUAUAUAUAUAUAUAUAUAUAUAUAUAUAUAUAUAUAUAUAUAUAUAUAUAUAUAUAUCAUGGUAGUUUAAUGGUUCAAUCAUAUAUGGGCUUAAUGCUUUACUGCGGGAUGCUUCUGCUUGUUUUCCAGCAGGUUCUAUGGGACCAAUUGGCACUCUGGUUACUAUGGUGAUGUAAACCACACUCCUGGCCUAGUGACCAGUUACGCCCACAGCCUUCACAGUAGUUAUGAAUUCAGACUGUGAAUUCCAACACUGGCCCCAUAGUUUCUCUAUUCUAACAUUUCUUUGACAUUUGUUUUUAUGUGGAGACAGUACAGUGACUAUAGUGGAAUAAUAUCCAUUUUAACCUCAUUUAAGCCUGAAAAUAAACAUUUUAUUGAAAAGAAAAAGGUUCUACCAGUAAAGAGUUACAAAACCCGUUUCCAUGUCAAUUAAAAAAGACUGAAAGGGGAGAUUGUGUUAUAUCCUUUUUUUAUAUAAAUAUUCUUUUUGGAAGAGAUUGUUUUAAUAUGUAACAGUGCUACUGGAAAUAAAGUAUGCAGGAAUUCUUUUGUUUUUAUUUUUUGUUCUUUCUGCCCAGGACUGUGAAAGCAUGGUUUGUGGAAAAUAAUAACUGUAUCUAGUUUGCAGGUCCAGUUCUGCUUUUCAGUCUUGGUAUUGCUUGAAGAAUCUUUUCACUGUGUGCUGAAGCUAUAAGGAAUGUAUGUAGAACUGCUGUACAGUACAGAACACAAUAAAAAGGAGCCUCAUGACCCAAGUCAAGGGCCAGCGUGUUCACAUGUAAGACAGCAAGUGAAUGAGCUGAUGAACGAUGAUCGCAAAUGUAGCCUUUCAGUCUGUUUUUCCCUUUAUGUAUACCUUUAUCUGUCUUUUAACGCAUUUAAAUGGUGUUUUGAAGAGUUUCUUAUGCUGCGAAAAUGUAUCAAAGUAUUAAUAAAUAUCUAAAAAAACGAGAAA